UGUCAACAUUGUGGGAAAGGUGCACAUGAAAGAGAAGAAAGUUAGAAUGAAUGGACUAAGAUGUGUCAGGACUGUUCUUCCCUAAUGUCAUUGAUGCAGAGGUAAAGCAUUCCUGCUUUAGUGGUAGAGGAUUGAGAAUGACAUGAAUCAUCAUCUCUGACAUACUUAGCAUACUAUCAGAUAAAAGGUAUGACUGAUAAAUCUAAGGCCUUGGUGUUCAGACUCAACGAUCAUGGACAGGGACCAGAAAUUAUUCGUCAGAUGUUCCUUGAAAGAGGAUGGAUAGAGUUUGAUGAAGUACAACAAGAAGAUGAAGAUUGGAAUAUAUGGUGGAGGACAUCACGUUUCCGUAACUGUGAUUACGAUUUCCUGCAGUCAUGGCAAAGAUUAAAUCAUUACCCAAAGUCUGUUGGCAUAACAAAGAAAGAUUGUUUGGCGAGGAAUUUAAAAAGAAUGAAAGGAGUACAUGGAACAGGGGUUUAUAAUUUUAGUCCUAUUGCUUUCAACUUGCCAAAUGAUUAUACACGUUAUGUUGCAGAGUAUGGGAGGUUGAAACAACAACAAAAUGAUGGGAAGUCCUUACUGUGGAUAUGUAAACCUGCAGACAUGUCCAGAGGAAGGGGAAUAUUUCUGUUCCGAGACAUAUCUGAGCUUCAAUAUGAUUGUAAUGCAGUUGUACAACGAUAUAUAGCAAAACCAAUGCUGAUUGGUGGAUAUAAAUUUGACCUCCGCAUUUAUGUAGCUGUGCCAUCAUUUCACCCAUUGUCCGUUUACAUCUAUGAAGAAGGUAUAGUGAGAUUUAGCACAGAAAAAUAUGAUCUUAAUACAUUAACUAAUGUAUUUGCUCAUCUGACAAACACAUCAAUAAAUAAGCAUAGUCCGUCCUAUACUACUGACAAGGAGUACAUUGGCCCCGGUUGUAAAUGGACACUUACACAAUUGCGUCAUUAUUUUCAUCAAAACAAUAUCAAUGACAAUAUCUUAUGGAUACGAAUAUUAAAUAUUAUAAUAUUAACCAUACUGAUUCAAGCUCCACAAGUGCCAAAAUGUACAAACUGUUUUGAACUUUAUGGAUUUGAUGUUCUUAUUGAUGAGAACCUGAAACCAUGGUUACUUGAGGUUAAUUUUAGUCCUUCACUUAGUGCUGAUUGCCAGGUUGACAUGGUCGUCAAAAAACCACUCCUACAUGACAUUAUACAGUUGAUGAAUUUCAAAGAAUCUGAUGUUUUGAGAGGGGGAGAGAAAUUAAAACGGCAAAGUACUAGGAUAAAAGGUAAUGAAACAAUAGAUAGGUAUGCUUCUAGCAGUCGAUUAAGCCACCAUAGUUCAAUACAGAGGGGAUCAUCGUUUCACAAAAACAUAAGUAGUCUGAGCAAACAGUCAACUGUAGAGAGAGAAUUGGCAUCAUACAUUGAACAGGAUUCUGAUGAAAUUAAAAUUAAAGUAAAGGGAGACGAAUGUCUAGGACUUCCAUUAGUUAACACUAAAGAGGAUAGUCGUCCAAACUCCGGUAGUUCUGGUAUUUCUAGUUCCCAUAGCGAUCUGAGACAAGUUCAUGAGGAAGUUCAUAAACCAAUAAAAAAUUCUAUAAAACGUUCAAAAAGUGCUGAUACAAGAAUUAGUUAUGAUGAAACUGUUGGGUCUCGAGAAAAAGUCAAGUUCUAUAUAGGUCAGAAGAGAAUAGACGAUAAUAACAAUGUGUCAAAAAGUACAUCUGUAAAUAAUAUCAGGGUUCCUCGUAGUGCUGUCACUCGUGAAUCUAGUUCAAGAUACCCAAGAAUUGAUCGUCAGACUACAUCAUCAUCUUUUGCUAAGUCUGAAAUAUCACAUAGACAUGAGAAAGGCUCAAUAAAAAGUUCAGCCACUUCAGACAGUGCAAUUUCCAGUUUUUCUGGAUCAAGUGAAAACUCCGACUUGAUAUCGUUGCCAGUAGAAUCGAUGAAAGCUACACCAAGACUUUUAUCUCAGAGACAGAAUGUUGUCCCAGCAGUAGAAGUUUCAGCAUCAAAUAGUAGUUCAUCUGUAACAGAAUCUAGUCAAACCAUGAAAAUCAAGUCACUACGACCUAAUGGAAACUCAUCAACUUUUCGUAAAAUAUCCGCUCUUGGUGUAAGUAAUGCACCGUCUCAGCUGAAUUCAAACAGAAGUCGCAGCAGAAUGCAAACAAAUAUUAGUAAUUCUUCUGUAUCUAAUUAUCUACCAAAUGUGGGUUAUAAGAAAUUACAGACCACUACACCUGUUCCAAAAGUGACCAUAACACCACGACAUGGUAGUAUUCCACGAAAUAUUCCUAGAAAUCCUGUAGCAAAAUACUAUGGUAAUAAUAAUGGAAGAAAUUCUUCACAAGCUAACAUUAAUCUUACACGAUCACAAUUGUUUGUGUCUAAUUCUCCAACGCAAUCACAGACAAUUAGGUCAUCACUACAAAGUAACAGUCGAGACUUGGGUCAACGGAAUACCAACAAUUCUCGUUUGAGUAUAAGGAGAGAUUCACUCCACAGUAAGCAUCCUGUCAGGCCAAGAAUGAAGGGCCCAGCACCUAUAGUUGGGGACUUCUUUCUAGGAUUUCCUUUUAGUGAAAUUUCAUUAAAAGCAGCAAACACAACACUAGAUGCUCAUGUUGUAGUAAAAGAGACUCAAAGACUUCUGAAGGAAGCAUUAGUAAAAGUAGAUAAAAUAUCAGGUGAUAUUAAAGUGGGUGGACAUCUCCCUUAUGGUGCCUCUGAAUGGGAAAGGAGACUUUGGGGACCAGUCAAACCUCAAGAAGAGAACAGUUGACGAAGGGACAAUUCUUAGGUACACAUGACCCAUGACAAUGUCAUUAAAAGUGACAGAAGAAAGCAAUAUUGUUUCAGUCAGCUGCAAGAUGUGUUAUUAUAAGUCAUGAGUUGUUGGCAUUGUCCUGAUUGGCCAAUCACUGACCAUAACCACACCCACAGCAGAUGAAUUUGGUGGAAACUACAGAGGAUAAGCUUGGUCAUCAGUACCCUGACUUCUUAAUUUUAACAUUCUUUUAGAACAGUUUUGAUGAUACAUUUUGCUUACUAUG